CCACCAUGUCGGCAUCCACAAGCGGCGGCGGGCCGCUCUCGCCCCAGGCGGCCGCGGCGCUGCAGGAGGGUAUCGCGCUGGUGUUCGGGCGCUGGACGGCGCUGCAGAUGGCGGUGGAGAACGAGUGGGGCGGCCGCGACUCCCGCGCCAAGGCCGACCAGCUCGCCGCGUCAAUCUUCUCCUGGUUCGCCAACUCCAACGGUCCAUUUUAUUACGACGACUUGGAGCCUAUGAUGUUUGACAGCAUAUCUGAAUCCCUCAAUGCUGACUUCGAGGAUGGCAGCGUUGGGGAGGUUGCUGAGCAAUUAUUGAUAAUGCAUGAAGAAUGCGUGCAAAACAACUUUUCAUCGAUUGAGAAGCUAAGGAAUACACGUCCUCAAGGAAAUGCUGUCGCUCUAAGUAGACAGAUUGCAAAUGAGGAUGACAAUGAUAGCUCGGACGAUGAUGAUGAGCAAUCCAUGGGGGGAGAUGAAGCAGCUAGGUCAGAGGAUAUGGCUGUGGAUGAGCCAAAACCUUCAAAGCCUGCCCCUGAUGCCGAUGGGUGGACUACUGUGCCAUCUAGGCGUGGACGAGGCAAGAAUUAAGCAUAGAAGCAAAACCUCGGGAAGACAGAUGCCACUUCGAGGCUUUUUGUCUCAAAAGGCUUUGAAGCGCCUCCUUGCACAACUCCUGCUACCUGUGCCGCUUUGGUCUAAAGCUUUUGAAGUAUUACACUGUACUUGUAUUGUCCUGAUAUUAUCAGGGGUGUUGUCUUUAGCAUGUUAUAUCUUUGCCACUUUCUUUGUGUUUGACAUGGCAGCAGAAUGAUUCUGGUUGUAAACUAUUAUAGGUCCAUAAUAUCCUUUAUUAUGGGAUAUGAGCCAAUCUUCCCGUUUGAUUUUU